CAUGAAGUAGUUAGUUACUACCUCUUUGAAAUUCUUGUAUAAAUACCCUAGCCGUUAUUCAAUAGUAUAAUAACUCAAAGCAAGAUACUAAAUAGCACAAAAAAGAUGAGUAAUUCUCAAAUAAUCCAGUAUUAUUUUUUGGUUAUUGUUGUUAUGGUCACUACUAAUUUGGGCACAUGGGUGAUCCCUACCAAUGGCAUGAACAAUGAUGGUAAUGGAAGGCUCACUCACCAUUUCUAUAAGAAAACAUGCCCUAAGGUGUUGCCAGUGAUAAGGUCUGUGGUUGAAAAGGCAAUAAAGAAAGAACCGCGCAUUGGAGCUUCAUUGCUACGUUUGCAUUUUCAUGACUGCUUUGUUAAUGGUUGCGAUGCAUCAGUUCUGCUAGAUGAUUCUAAUAACAUAAAUGGUGAGAAGAAUUCGCCACCAAAUAAGAACUCGCUAAGAGGAUUUGAAGUGGUUGAUGAGAUUAAAUCAGAAUUAGACAAAGCUUGCAAGGGUCCUAUUGUAUCAUGUUCUGAUAUCUUAGCUGUGGCGGCUCGUGAUUCUGUUGUUAUUCUAGGGGGUCCACACUAUCGUUACCAUGUGCCCUUAGGAAGAAGAGACGCUAGAAGUGCAAGUUAUGAAGCUGCAAAUACGAGCCUUCCUUCCCCAUCUUCAAGCUUCGCAGAGCUUCUCUCUAAUUUCAAUUCUCAUGGGCUGGGCCUUAAAGAUCUUGUGGCCCUUUCUGGGGCCCACACUAUUGGAUUUGCUCAAUGUUCCUCCUUUAGGGAUAGGAUCUACAAUGACACCAACAUUGACCCAAAACUUGCAUCCUACUUGAAAUUACAAAAGUGCCCUCAAAGUGGUGGAGAUAGUAAUUUGGCACCAUUUGAUUCCACUGAUGAAACAUUUGACAAUGUCUACUACAAGCAAUUGUUGGAUAACAAGGGGCUUCUUCAUUCUGAUCAAGAACUCUUCAAGGGAAAUAAUAGUGAGAGUGAUAAGUUGGUGAACCUAUUUAGUAGGAAUCCAAUUGCUUUUGCUAAAAGAUUCAGACAUUCUAUGAUCAAGAUGGGUAACAUGAAGCCUCUUACCGGAAAUGAGGGUGAGAUUAGACUUAAUUGUAGAAAAGUUAAUUAAUAUUUAUAUUUGUAUUUGUAUCUUGUUAUUGUAAAAUUAUAGAUUUUAUGAGGGGCAUUUUUGUCAAUU